AUGGUAUCGAUCGAUUUCAGCGGAGUUUGCUGGUAUCUUGUUUCCGCCGUAUCUGUCAGCAAGCUGAUUGCUUUCGUGUUGUCGUUUGUGAUUACCGUACUCUUGACCCGAUCGACUCAGCUCGGUUUAGCCGCCAUUUUGUCCAUGUUUGUCUCCCAGUCAAACGACGUUGCCCUUGGAUACCCUGUCCUCAAAGCACUAUAUCCGGACCUGGCCAGCUACAUCUAUCUGUUUGCCCCAAUUCAGUUGGUCGUCCUUAACCCGUUCGCUUAUUUUGUCCUUGAGUGGUACCAAGCAAAGCAAUUGGAACAAGAAGCAGCUCAAAGUCUGUUGGAAGCUCCUGCCCACGAAAAAAUCAAUCAAUCAAUCACGAAAACAAAAGGCCGUUGCCAUGGACUAUUUUUCUAUUUCCGUUCGAUAGUGCUUAUGAGCAUCAAUCAGGCGAGAAACACUCUUGUAACGGUAUGCUGGCGUGUCAUACUCAAUCCUCUGUUUUUCAUGACGGUUAUUGGAGUCGUGCUCAACUUUAUCCUUAAACACGAGAUCCCUUAUUAUGUGGAUGGUCUGUUGAAAAUUAUUGCCGAGUCCUUUGCAGCCACUGCUCUGUUCACUCUGGGUUUCGGCAUGGUCGGAAAAAUGAGCACGAUUACGCAACGUGAACUCUACAUCUUGGCCGCUAUUCUCCUAUCCAAACUGUGGGUUCUGUCAUGA